AUGAUCACCUGGAUAUUUGUCAUCAUUAUCUUACUGCUUUUAUGGUUUUACUUAAAUGGCAACUACAGUACAGUAAACACAAAUGAUCCUUACGUAGAUGGUCACGUUGACAAGGAUUUUCAGCGUGUCAAAGAGGUUUUUAGGUAUUAUUUUAAUUUUUUCAAAUUUAGUUCUAGUCCAGAGCCCUAGACCAGUGCCCUAGCCCAGAGCCCUAGCGCAGAACCCUAGCGCAGAGCCCUAGGCCCAGAGCCCUAGCCCAGAGCCCUAGCCCAGAGCUCUAGCAAAGAGCCCUAGUCUAGAACCAUAGCCUAGAAGCCUAGGCCAGAGCCCUAGCUUACAACUGCAGCCCUGCGCUCUAGCUCAGAGCCAUAGCCCAGAGCCCGAACCCAGAGGCAUAGCCAUAGCCCAGAGCCCUAGCCGAGAGCCCUAACCCCAAAGCCCUAGCACCAGAGCCUUGGCUAGUUUAGAGCUCUAGCCCAGAGCCUUAGCCCAGAGCUCUAGCCCGAGUGCCCUAGCUCAGAGCCCUAUCCCAAAGCUCUAGCCGAGAACUUUAAUCCUACCCCAUAGUCUUAGCUCAGACCCCUAACUUUUGCCCUACUUCCAGCGCUAGACCAAGCUUUUGCCCUAGCCUUACAUGUUAGCAAUACGUUAGCAUUAGCAUCUAUCUCGCCGGGAUUUAAGUUUACGCUUAGCUCUAGCGACUAAUUAAACACUGUCACUUCAGAUCAAAUCUAACUAAACAGUGGGAGCCAAGUGGAGCAGCCUUUGCCGUGUAUCAUAAGAAUAGACUGGUCGUCGACUUAUGGGGUGGAUAUGCAGACAAAGAAUGUGAAAGGCUUUGGCAGAAGGACACCCUGAAUGUCACUUUUUCAUCGACAAAAGCUGUGACAGCGCUUUGUAUGGCUAAGUUGGUCGAUAUGAAAAAAGUACAGUAUGACGACUUGGUCACAAAAUAUUGGCCAGAAUUUUGGAAAAAUGGCAAGGAAAAGAUUACUGUGCAAUGGGUUAUGAGUCAUAUGGUAAGUAAUGGGCUAGAACUUUCUUUAUAAAAGAAAAAUGGCAAGAACUUUCUUUACAAAAUAAAAAAUGUCAAGAACUUUCUUUACAAAACAAAAAUUAAAAAUUUUAGAAUUUUAGGCCGGUCUACCCUACUUUGACAAGCACUUAUCCUACGAAGAUGCACUGAAUAAUCCAGAGAAAAUAUCGGAAAUAAUUGAAAAUGAAUAUCCAAAAUACCCUCCAGGAUCUCAUGUUGGCUACCAUCCAGUAACAUAUGGAUGGAUUGUUGAUCAAAUUGUUGGACGUGUAGAUGAAAAACAUAGGUCUUUAGGACAGUUUUAUAGAGAAGAGGUGCAGAAUAAGCUGGAAGGUAAGUUCUUAUCAUUUUUUGUUUUGUAAAGAAAGUUCUUGCUAUUUUUUGUUUUGUAAAGAAAGUUAUUGCUAAUUUUGUUUUUUAAAGAAAGUUAUUGCUUUUUUUGUUUUGUAAAGAAAGUUCUUGCUAUUUUUGUUUUGUAAAAAAAGUCCUUGCCAUUUUUUGAGUUUUAAACAAAGUUCUUGCCAUUUUUUAUUUGUAAAGAAAGUUCUUGCUAUUUUUCAGAUUGUGACUAUUACCUUGGACUACCAGCUUCAGAAUCUCAUCGUGUAGCCAGACUAACAUUACCUGAUAUCUGGCAAAGGAUUCAGGAGUUUCUUCACAACCCCAAUGCUGUAUAUUAUUGGCGCUACUUUAAGGAUUAUUUGUACAAAGGACUAUUUUACAAAACUGUCAUUACUGACUUACCUUGGUUGCAAUUUGUUACUGUAAGUAGGGUGAGGGUAGGAUAGAGGAGGGUAGGGUAGGGUAGGGUAGGGUAGGGUAGGGUAGGGUAGGGUAGGGUAGGGUAGGGUAGGGUAGGCUAGGGUAGGGUAAGGCAGGGUAGGACAGGGUAGGGUAGGGUAGGGUAGGGUAGGUUAGGUUAGGGUAGGGUAGGGUAGGGUAGGGUAGGGUAGGGUAGGGUAGGGUAGGGUAGGGUAGGGUACUGUAGGGUAGAGGGGGUAAGGUAGAGAAAGGUAACUCUUAUGAUUUUUUAGGUAUUUGUACCAUGUUUUUCAAAUAAUUUUGUGUCCUUUAAAGAUCAAGUUUUCUGUGCUAAGAGAAACAGAAUUAAUUGAACACUGCAAUGCAUAUGUUGUUUCAGAAAAUGAGCUUUAACAACCCAGAUUUAUGGAGACUAGAACAAGGAGCUGUUAUGGGUAUUGGAACAGCCAGGUCGUUAGCCAAAAUUUUUCAAAAAACCGUAAUGGAAGACGGUUUUUUGAGUAAAGAUACUAAGAAAACAUUCUUACAGUAAGUUUUAAACUCAAUUUUUUAAAACUUUUGAAAACAAGGUUUUUGGGGGGGGGGUUUUUUCACUACCGGUUAAGGCGGGGAAAGGAGGGGUUUGGAAAAAGGUUUAGUAUGAUUUUUUGGCAUUACAACGCAUUGUGUUCUCUUAUUUUCAGACCGUAUGCAUCAGGAGAAGACGUUGUGACUGGGGCCAAUGUUUUACGUGGUAACGGCUUGAUGUUUUCUAAAUUUGAAAUAAAUAAUGUAAGUUUUAUAUUAGUCACAGCCAGUGGCAUGAAAGUGAUUUUAGUUUGAAUAUGAUAGGAGAUCCUAUCCCCUAGCCUUUAGCCUUAGCCUUAGCCUAAGCCUAAGCCUAAGCCUAAGCCUAAGCCUAAGCCUAAGCCUAAGCCUAAGCCUAAGCCUAAGCCUAAGCCUAAGCCUAAGCCUAAGCCUAAGCCUAAGCCUUAGCCUUAGCCUUAGCCUUAGCUUUAGUUUUAGCCUUAGCCUAAAUUUAUAAAGAUUAUGUUUUCAGGUACCCCAACAGUACAUAGGACAUGCUGGCGUUGGUGGCCAGAACAUAAAAUUUGAUCUGAAACAUGACUUGUGCUUUGCUUAUGUUUCCAACGGCUUUAAGGGAGGCUUCGGCGAUUCGGCGCGGACCUUCGUCGCUCUUCGUGAUGCUUUAUAUCAAUGUGUGUUGAAUAUCGAAAAUAAAGUAAACUAA